AUGUCUAAUCGCUCGGAUGUCCCCUGCUCCGAGGAAAUGCUAGAGUACUAUGAAGGCAUCCCAGCCCAUUGGCCCGUAAUUCCACCGACCCCGUUCGUGGGAGUCCACAGCCCUUACUGCACAGAGCCUCUAGCUCCAGCCAACAUCCUGACACCAAUCAGUCUUCCGGACAGCUCGUUUCAUCCCAGCCCAGCAAUCAGUCACCACUCACAGGGCUACCACACACAAGACUACCAAUACAGCAUCAAUGACCCCCUCUCAGCCCCACUAGGUCUCGGUAUCUCUGCGCCCUUCCCGAGUGAUUUCCCCAGGUCUUCAGCUCCCGAUCCCGCUUACCUGUAUGCUCCGGACCCAAGUGGCAUCCGACAUGGCGUGGCACAAACGCCUAGCCAGUCGCCACAGGGCCCACCACCAGCCAAGCGCGCCAGACAUCCAUCCUCGGACACGCCCUCGCGCGAGCAGCUAAGCAACACACCAAUCAACAUUGCUCCCAACCCAGAAGGCGUCCUCCGAAUGGAGCAGGAUCGCCAGCACACCCAGCCAACUUCACACAUACUCCCAAAGAUCCGGGCUCCAGGCCGCGGCCGGCGCGACCCCCAAGCAGAAGACGAAGACGCAUUUGUAGAAGAGCUGCGUGAUAGACAAACGGCCUGGAAGGUCGUGCGGCAGGAAUUCCGGGAGAAAUUUAAUAAAGAUGCCUCCGAGGCGCGCCUGCAGAUGCGUCUUCAUCGCCGGCUCCGAGAGCGAAUGGUGCGCUGGGAAGAAUCAGAUAUCAAACUCCUGAUCCACGCCCAUGGGAUCUGGGCAAGAGAUAAAUUCCAUUUCCUUUCAGACAAGAUGAAAGAACUUGGCGGUACUAGGCUGUACUCGCCUGAUCAGUGCAGAACUCAACUUCGACUCCUAGACGCGAAAAAACAGCAUCGUGACCGCACAAGUCAAUCCCCAUCUGCUAUGUCUGACCCUGCUCCUAUGACACCUACUAUGUCUCGAAAACGACCUCGAGCUCAGUCCUUAGAGUUGGAGGUUGAUGACGAGGAAGCGACCUUUUAG